GGGGUUUUGAUAAUUGCCACCAUGGGGAGACCCUUGACCAUGCUGCUGUUGCUGCUGGUGCAGCAUUUUGGAAACUGUGAAGGAAAUCAAAGACCAUAUCAUACUUCACUAGUGCAAUUUACACAAGUCCAGUACAAUGCCACGGUGUAUGAAAAUUCUGCAGCCAAGACUUAUAUUGAGCAGCCAGUAAAAAUGGGCAUUUACCUUGCAAAUCCACUGUGGGAUAUAAGAUACAAAAUUAUAUCUGGUGACAAUGAAAACUUGUUCAAAGCUGAAGAGUAUAUUCUUGGAAACUUUUGCUUUUUGAGAAUACGGACCAAGGGAGGAAAUACAGCUAUUCUUAACAGAGAGGUGAAAGACCAUUACAUAUUGACUGUAAAAGCAGUUGAAAAGAAUACUAAUGCUGAAGCACGCACACAGGUCAGGGUGCAGAUACUGGAUACAAAUGACUUAAGACCCUUGUUUUCUCCAACAUCUUACAGUGUUUCUUUGCCUGAAAAUACAGCAAUAAGGACCAGCAUUGCUAGAGUAAGUGCAACAGAUGCAGAUAUUGGAACCAAUGGAGAAUUUUACUACAGUUUUAAAGAAAGAACAGAUAUGUUUGCUAUACAUCCAACCAGUGGUGCAGUGGUUCUAACUGGAAGACUCGACUAUGCAGAAACUAAGCUUUAUGAGAUGGAAAUCCUCGCAGUGGAUCGUGGAAUGAAAUUGUAUGGUAGCAGCGGUAUUAGCAGCAUGGCAAGGCUAACUGUUCACGUAGAGCAAGCAAAUGAAUAUGCUCCUGUUAUUACAGCUGCUGUCUUGUCUCCUUCAGAAUUGGACAAGGAUCCAACAUAUGCAAUUGUAACUGUUGAGGACAGUGAUCAGGGUUCAAAUGGAGAAAUAGCAUCUUUAAGUAUUGUGGCUGGUGACCCACUUCAACAGUUCAAAACAGUGAGGUCUGUUCCAGGAGGUAAAGAAUAUAAAAUCAAAGCUGUUGGCCACAUUGAUUGGGAGAGCCAACCUUUUGGAUAUAAUCUGACUCUUCAGGCUAAAGAUAAAGGAAAUCCUUCACAGUUUUCUUCUGUAAAAGUUAUUCACGUGACAUCCCCACUGUUUAAGUCUGGACCGGUCAGAUUUGAAAAAGAUGUGUAUAGAGCAGAGAUAAGUGAAUUUGCCCCUCCAAACACUCCUGUGAUAAUGGUAAAAGCUUUGCCUAAUUAUUCCCAAUUAAAAUACAUUUUUAAAAAUGCACCAGGCAAAGUCAGAUUCAACUUAAACCCGCACACAGGUCUUAUUACCACUUUAGAACCAAUAAAAGCACAAUAUUCAUCCCAUUUUGAACUUGAAGUCAUGACAAGUGACAGAAAAGCCUCUGCAAAAGUGUUGAUUAAAGUAAGAGACAUGAACAGUAAUCCCCCUGAAUUUACUCAGACAUCAUAUAAAGCUUCCUUCGAUGAGAAUGUGCCAGUUGGUACUAGUGUCAUGAGUGUGAGUGCAAAAGAUCUUGAUGAGGGUGAGAAUGGUUAUGUGACAUAUAGCAUUGCAAACUUGAAUCCUUUACCAUUUGUGAUUAACCAUUUCAAUGGUAUUAUCAGUACCACGGAAGACAUGGAUUAUGAGUUGAUGCCAAGGGUUUACAAUUUAAGGAUUCGAGCAUCUGAUUGGGGCAUACCAUAUCGUCGAGAAGUUGAAGUUCCUGUUACUAUUAUUUUAAAUAAUUUGAAUGAUAACACACCGCUGUUUGAAAAAAUAAAUUGUGAGGGAACAAUCCCUAGGGAUCUUGGUGUUGGAGAACAAAUUACUACUGUAUCUGCUAUUGAUGCUGAUGAGCUCCAGUUGGUGAGAUACCAGAUUGAAUCUGGAAAUGAAUUAGAUUUAUUUAUCUUAAAUCCAAACUCUGGGGUGCUUUCCCUGAAGCAAUCUCUAAUAGAUGGUUUAGGUGCUAAAGUAUCUUUUCAUAGUCUGAGAAUUACAGCUACAGAUGGUGAGAACUUUGCAGUACCAUUAUAUAUCAACAUAACAGUAGCUGCCAGUCGUAAACCAGUAAACUUGCAAUGUGAAGAGACUGGUGUAGCCAAAAUGCUGGCAGAGAAACUACUGCAGGCAAAUAAGCCACACAAUCAUGGCGAGGUUGAGGAUGCUUUCUUUGAUACUCACUCUAUGAAUUUACAUGCACCUCAGUUUAGAAGUACUCUUUCAAGCAGUGUUGAAGUAAAGGAAAGCCUACCGGUGGGUUCCAGCAUAAUGCUUAUGAAUGCCACUGAUCUUGACAUUGGCUUCAAUGGAAAACUAGUUUAUGCUAUCUCUGGAGGUAAUAAUGAUAGUAGUUUUACUGUGGAUUUGGAAACAGGAAUGUUAAAGAUUUUGUCUCCCCUUGAUCGAGAAGUAAAAGAUAAAUACACUCUGAAUAUUACUGUGUAUGAUCUGGGAAUACCACAAAAGUCAGCUUGGCAUCUUUUAGAUAUCAACAUUUUGGAUGCCAAUGAAAACAGACCAGAGUUUUUACAGGACAGCUAUUUUGUUGAAGUGAGUGAAAACAAGGAGCUGAACAGUGAAAUCAUUCAGAUUGAAGCCACAGAUAAAGAUUUGGGGCCCAAUGGGGAAGUGAAAUAUUUUCUUCUUACAGAUACAGACAUGUUCACUAUUAACAGUACGACAGGUGUUGUGAAAGUUGUAGGGGCUUUGGAUCGUGAAAUCCAACAUGUGCAUUUCCUGAAAAUAGAGGCCAGGGACCAGCCAAAUGAAGAACCUCAGUUGUUUUCCAGUGUACUUUUGAAAGUAUCUUUAGAAGACGUCAAUGACAAUCCUCCUAAAUUUAUUCCAUUGAAUUAUCAUGUGAAAAUUCGAGAGGACCUUCCAGAAGGAACUAUUAUCACAUGGCUGGAAGCAUAUGAUCCUGAUGUGGGCCAGUCAAGUCAAGUACGAUACAGCCUUUUAGAUAGUGGAGAUGGAACCUUUGAUGUAGAUAAAUUGAGUGGAGCAAUACGUAUUGUACAAAGACUGGAUUUUGAAAGGAGACAAGUUUAUAACCUGACGGUACGGGCCAAGGACAAAGGAAAGCCGAUUUCAUUAUCUUCUACCUGUUACGUUGAGGUUGAGGUAGUUGACGUAAAUGAAAAUUUGCACCCUCCACGGUUUUCCAGCUUUGUGGAUAAGGGCUUUGUAAAAGAAGAUGUCCCUAUUGGUUCAUCUGUGAUGACAAUAACUGCCUAUGAUGAGGAUGCAGGAAGAGAUGGAGAGAUUAGGUAUUCAAUCAGAGAUGGAUCUGGUGUUGGCAUUUUCAGAAUAGAUGAAGAAAAAGGUGUAAUAGAGACGGCUGAUCUGCUGGACCGUGAGACUACCUCACAUUACUGGUUAACUGUUUACGCAACAGACCAGGGUGUUGUGCCUCUAUCUUCCUUCAUUGAAAUCUACAUAGAAGUUGGGGAUGUUAAUGAUAAUGCUCCACAGACAACAGAACCUGUUUAUUACCCAGAAGUCUUGGAGAAUUCACCUAAGGAUGUAUCUGUCAUUCAGAUUGAGGCAUUUGAUCCUGAUUCCAGCUCUAGUGAAAAGUUGACCUACAAGAUUACAAGUGGAAACCCACAGGGAUUCUUUUCAAUAAACCCCAAAACUGGGCUAAUUAUAACCACAUCAAGAAAGCUAGAUCGAGAACAGCAAAGUGAACACAUACUGGAGGUAACCAUUACAGACAAUGGUAUUCCUGCAAAGUCAACUAUUGCCCGGGUGGUUGUGAAAGUCUUAGAUGAGAAUGACAAUAAACCUCAGUUUUUACAAAAGUUCUACAAAAUCAGGCUUCCAGAACGUGAGAAACCAGAACGUGAGAGAACUGCCAAGAGAGAACCUAUUUAUCGGGUUAUAGCUGCAGAUAAAGAUGAAGGCCCCAAUGCGGAGAUAUCUUACAGCAUUGAAGAUGGUGAUGAACAUGGCAAAUUUUUUAUUGAACCGAAAACUGGAGUGGUAUCAUCAAAGAAGUUUUCUGGAGCAGGAGAAUAUGAUAUUCUUUCAAUUAAGGCUGUGGAUAACGGUCGCCCACAAAGGUCCUCAACUACUCGGCUUCAUAUAGAAUGGAUUUCAAAACCUACACCACCCACAGACCCUAUUUCUUUUGAGGAAACUUUUUUUUCCUUUACGGUCAUGGAAAGUGAUCCAGUAGCUCACAUGAUUGGUGUAAUAGCUGUUGAACCUCUUGGCACACCGCUCUGGUUUGACAUUACUGGUGGCAACUACGACAGCCGGUUUGAUGUAGACAAGGGCACUGGAACCAUCAUUGUAGCUAGACCUCUUGAUGCAGAACAGAAAUCAAAUUACAACCUGACAGUAGAGGCGACAGAUGGAACCAGCUCUAUCAGCACCCAGGUAUACAUCAAAGUGAUAGACACAAAUGACCACAGGCCUCAGUUUUCCACCUCAAAAUAUGAAGUCAUUAUACCUGAGGACACAGUGCCAGAGACAGAAAUUUUGCAAGUCAGUGCCACCGACAGGGACGAGAAGAAUAAACUAAUUUAUACAAUGCAGAGUAGCAUUGAUCCCAUCAGUCUCAAGAAAUUUCGUUUGGAUCCUGGAACGGGCUCUCUUUAUACAUCUGAAAAAUUGGAUCAUGAGGCCAUCCACCAACAUAUACUUACAGUGAUGGUACGAGAUCAAGAUGUUCCUGUCAAACGCAACUUUGCUAGAAUUGUCAUUAAUGUUAGUGACACAAAUGAUCACGUGCCGUGGUUCACCAGCUCUCCCUAUGAAGGACGGGUAUAUGAGUCAGCAGCUGUUGGGUCAGCGGUACUCCAAGUAACAGCAUUAGACAAAGACAAAGGGAAAAAUGCAGAAAUUGUGUACUCUAUUGAGUCAGGGAAUAUUGGAAAUUCUUUUACUAUAGAUCCCAUCUUGGGCACUAUUAGAAUUGCAAAAGAACUAGAUUGUAGUAACCAAGGAGAGUACAAUUUGGUGGUGAAAGCUACAGAUAAAGGAAAUCCUCCAAUGAGCGAAGUAACUUCAGUGCUUAUCUUUGUCACAAUUUCUGAUAAUGCCUCACCAAAAUUCACACUGAAGGAAUAUUCUACAGAAGUCACUGAAGGUGCCAGCAUUGGUAGUUUUGUUGGAAUGGUUACUGCGUAUAGUCAGUCUUCUGUAGUUUAUCAGAUAAAAGAUGGUAAUGUAGGUGAUGCCUUUGAUAUCAAUCCAAACUCAGGUGUCAUCACCUCUAAGAAGAUACUUGAUUUUGAAACUUUGUCUUUUUACAUGAUAACUGUUCAAGGAACCAACAUGGCUGGGUUGUCUACUAAUACAACUGUUUUCGUGCAUAUUCGGGAUGAGAAUGACAACUCACCAGUUUUUAUGCAGGCAGAAUACACAGGACUCAUCAGUGAAUCAGCUUCAAUUAACAGUGUAGUUCUAACUGACAAGAAUAUCCCAUUAGUAAUUCGAGCUACAGAUGCUGAUAAAGAAUCAAAUGCUUUGCUGGUUUAUCAAAUUGUUGAACCAUCUGUGCACAAGUAUUUUGCCAUUGAUUCUAGCACUGGUGCCAUUCGUACCAUAAUGAGUUUGGACUACGAAGAGACAAACAUUUUCCAGUUUUCAGUACAAGUACAUGAUAUGGGGACACCACGUUUAUUUGCAGAAUAUGCAGCUAAUGUUACUAUUUAUGUAAUUGAUAUCAAUGAUUGUCCUCCUGUGUUUUCAAAAGAUUUGUAUGAGGCAUCCCUUUUGGUGCCUACAUAUAAAAGAGUGACAGUCAUCACCGUAAAUGCUACAGAUGCUGAUUCAAGAGCUUUUUCACAACUAAUUUAUUCUGUCACUGAAGGUAACAUUGGAGACAAAUUUUCAAUAGAUCCUAAGACUGGAACUAUAACUGUACAAAAUACAAGUCAGUUAAGAAGCAGAUAUGAAUUAACAGUCAGAGCAUCUGAUGGGAGAUUUGCAAGCACUACAUCUGUAAAAAUUAAUGUGAAGGAAAGCAAAGCAAGUCAACUCAAGUUCACACAGAGUUCCUACUCUGCAGUAGUGCGAGAGAAUUCCACUGAGGUGAAAACAAUAGCUGUCAUUACUGCUGUAGGGAAUCAAAUAAAUGAGCCUUUGUUUUAUCAUAUUCUAAAUCCAGACAGUAGAUUUAAAAUCAGCUACACUUCAGGAGUACUUUCAACCACAGGAAUACCAUUUGAUCGAGAACAACAAGAAUCUUUUGAUAUAGUGGUAGAAGUGACAGAGGAGCAUAAACCAUCAGUAGUUGCACAUGUUGUGGUGAAGGUCACUAUAGAAGACGUAAAUGAUAACGGUCCAGUUUUUGUCAAUCUUCCAUAUUAUGCUGCUGUUAAAGUAGACACUGAAGUGGGCCACAUUAUUCGACGUGUUACAGCAGUAGAUAAAGAUAUAGGGAGUAAUGGAGAGGUACGCUAUUACCUUAAAGACCAUCAUGAACACUUCCAUAUUGGGCCCACUGGUGAAAUCACACUCAAGAGACAGUUUGAACCAGACACACUAAAUAAGGAAUAUCUUGUCACAGUGGUGGCAAAAGAUGGAGGAGAACCAAGUUUUUCUGCUGAAGUUACAGUCCCAAUCACUGUUAUGAAUAAAGCCAUGCCAGUUUUUGAAAAGCCUUUCUAUAGCGCUGAGAUACCUGAAAACAUCCAGUUGCAUAGCCCUGUUGUCCAUGUACAAGCAAACAGCCCAGAAGGACUUAAGGUGUUUUAUAGUAUCACAGAUGGAGAUCCUUUCAAUCAGUUUACUAUCAACUUCAGUACUGGAGUUAUAAUUGUUGUUGCCACUCUAGAUUUUGAGUCCCAUCCCGCCUAUAAACUGAGCAUACGAGCAACUGACUCUCUAACUGGGGCUCACGCUGAGGUGUUUGUAGAUAUAAUAGUGGAAGAUAUAAAUGAUAAUCAUCCUCUGUUUACAAAGCUAUCUUAUACUGCAAUCCUUUCUGAGGCAUCUGUAAUUGGAACAUCUGUUGUACAAGUUAGUGCUACAGAUGCUGAUUCUGGAACAAACAGAAGGAUUUCCUAUCACUUGGUUGAGAAUAAUAGCAAGAGUCACGAGUAUUUCCACAUAGAUAGCAGCAGUGGGCUCAUUCUGACAGCAAGAACUUUGGAUUAUGAACAUAUCCAGCAACACAAAUUACUAGUAAGGGCAGUAGAUGGUGGAAUGCCCCCAUUGAGCAGUGACAUUAUUGUAACUGUCAAUAUAACUGACCUCAAUGAUAACCCACCGUUAUUUAACCAACUGCUUUAUGAGGCUAAAAUUAGUGAACUGGCUCCCCGUGGACACUUUGUAACCUGUGUAAAAGCCUCAGAUGCAGACAGUUCAGAUGUAAACAAACUGGAAUAUUCAAUUCUGACAGGCAAUGAUCACAUGAAUUUUGUAAUUAAUAGCAAAACUGGCAUCAUCUCCAUCUCAAACCCACGCAAACAGACCCUGAAGCGUCUUUACAAUCUUAAUGUGUCUGUGUCUGAUGGGGUCUUUAGAAGUUCAGCUCAGGCACAGAUAACUGUUACUGGAGCCAAUUUGAAUAGCCCUGUUUUCAGUCAGAAUGAGUACGAAGUGGAACUAGCUGAAAAUGCUCCAUUGCAUACCUUGGUGACUGACGUUAAAGUGACAGAUGAAGAUUCUGGGGCUUACGGCCAAAUCAGUUAUCAUAUUGUAAAUGACUUUGCCAAAGAUAGAUUUUAUACUAAUGAGAGAGGUCAAAUAUUUACCUCUGAAAAGCUUGACCGUGAAACACAAACAGAAAAGGUAACUUCUAUUAGUUUAAUGGCCAAGGAUGCUGGAGGAAAAGUUGCUUUUUGCAAUGUUAAUGUGAUACUUACAGAUGAUAAUGAUAAUGCCCCUCAAUUCCGAGCAACAGAGUAUGAAGUGAAUAUUGGAUCUAAUGUUCCAAGAGGAACAUUUAUCACUAAAGUUUUGGCAUCUGAUGCUGAUGAGGGUACAAAUGCAGACAUUACAUAUGCCAUUGAAGCAGAGUCUGAAAGUGUCAACGAGAAUUUGGAAAUUGAUCCUUUGUCUGGUGUAAUUACUACAAAAGAAAGCUUAAUUGGUUUAGAAAAUGAGUUUCUAACUUUCUUUGUUAAAGCCCGGGAUGGUGGAUCCCCCCAAAAACAAUCAGUGGUUCCUAUCUAUAUUAGAAUACUCCCACCAGAAGUGACUCUUCCCAAAUUUGCAGAGCCAUUUUAUUCUUAUACUGUUUCCGAGGACAUUCCUAUUGGAGCUGAGAUUGAUGUUAUACAUGCAGAGCAUAAUCAAACAUUAGUAUACACUCUAGUUAAAGGGAACACUCCUGAAAGCAAUAGGGAUGAAUGCUUUGUUAUUGACCGACACAAUGGAAGAUUGAAACUUGAGAAGAGUCUUGAUCAUGAGACAACUAAGUGGUAUCAGUUUGCAGUGCUAGCACAUUAUACGAAUGACAGUUAUAAUGUUGUUUCCUCGGUAGAUAUAAGCAUUCAGAUAAAAGAUGCAAAUGACAAUAAACCAGUUUUGGAGUCCAGUCCAUAUGAAGCAUUCAUUGUGGAAAACAUGCCAAGCGGAACGAGAGUCAUCCAAGUGAAAGCAACUGACUUGGAUUCAGGACUCAAUGGGCAGGUUACAUAUAGUUUAGAUCCAUCACAAGAACUGGAAAUCACAGAGUCUUUUGCCAUAAACAUGGAAACAGGUUGGAUUACCACCCUCAAAGCGCUUGACCAUGAGAAACGGGAUAAGUACAAAAUUACAGUGGUUGCAUCUGAUCGUGGUGAAAAAAUUCAGUUGUCUUCUAUGACAGUGGUUGAAGUUACCGUUACAGAUGUGAAUGACAAUCCUCCACGCUUUACUGCGGAGAUAUACAAAGGGACAGUUAGUGAAGAUGAUCCACCUGGUGGUGUGGUUGCUAUCUUAAGUACCACUGAUGCUGAUACAGAAGAAUCUAACAGACAAGUCACCUAUUAUGUUACAGGAGGUGAUCCCUUUGGACAGUUUGCAAUUGAAAACAUGCAGAAUGAAUGGAAAGUCUAUGUCAGAAAAUCUCUGGACAGGGAAGAAAAGGACAAUUACCUUCUAAAUAUUACAGCUACUGAUGGGACCUUUGCAACAAAAGCCGUGGUUGAGGUUAAAGUUCUAGAUGCUAAUGACAACAGUCCUGUUUGUGAAAAGGCUUUAUACACUGAUACUGUUCCAGAGGAUGCCCUUCCUGGCAAACUGAUCAUGCAGGUCUCUGCUACAGACGCAGAUAUUCGUUCCAAUGCAGAAAUUACUUAUACGCUGCAUGGCACUGGAGCAGAAAAAUUCAAGCUCAGUCCAGACACAGGUGAACUGAAAACAUUAGCACCACUUGAUCGUGAGCAGCAAGCAGUUUAUAAUCUUUUAGUCAAGGCCAUAGAUGGAGGAGGAAGAUUCUGCAAGGCUCAUGUUGUUCUCACUCUAGAAGAUGUGAAUGAUAAUGCCCCAGAGUUUACAGCUGAUCCUUACUCCAUUACAGUGUUUGAAAACACUGAGCCUAAAACACUAUUGACAAGAGUGCAGGCUACAGAUGCAGAUGCAGGGAUGAACCGUAAAAUUCGCUACUCACUAGUGAACUCUGCUGAUGGACAGUUCUCUAUUGAUGAAUUCUCUGGAAUUGUUCGGUUGGAGAAGCCUUUGGAUCGGGAGUUGCAGGCAGUGUACACUCUGACUUUAAAAGCUUUAGAUCAAGGUUUACCUAGAAGGCUGUCCUCUCUUGGUAGUCUUGUGGUUUCUGUUUUGGAUAUAAAUGACAAUCCACCUGUGUUUGAAUAUAGAGAGUACAGUGCUACUGUAUCAGAGGACACUUUAAUUGGAACAGAAGUCCUUCAGAUUUAUGCUGCUAGCAGAGACAUUGAAGCCAAUGCUGAGAUCACCUAUUCAAUAGUCAGUGGAAACGAACAUGGAAAAUUCAGUAUUGAUUCAGCAACAGGAGCCAUUUUUAUUAUUGAAAGCCUGGAUUAUGAAAGUUCCCAUGAGUAUUACUUGACAGUGGAAGCCACAGAUGGAGGCACACCUUCAUUAAGUGAUGUUGUAACAGUGAAUAUCAAUGUAACUGAUAUCAAUGAUAACACUCCAGUGUUCAGCCAAGACACCUACACAGCAGUAAUCAGUGAGGAUGCCAUGCUUGAACAAUCGGUCAUUACGGUUAUGGCAGAUGAUGCUGAUGGACCUUCAAACAAUCACAUUCACUACUUAAUUAUAGAUGGCAAUCAGGGGAGUCCUUUUACAAUUGACCCUACCAAGGGUGAAAUAAAAGUGACUCAACUUCUAGACAGAGAAGAGAUUUCAGGAUACACUUUGACAGUUCAAGCUUCAGAUAAUGGAAAUCCAUCCAGAGUCAACACAACUACUGUAAAUAUUGAUGUAUCAGAUGUAAAUGACAAUCCUCCAGUAUUCUCAAAGGGGAACUAUAGUGUUAUCAUCCAGGAAAAUAAGCCUGUUGGAUUUAGUGUGCUCCAGCUCACAGUGACAGACAAGGAUUCUUCCCAUAAUGGUCCACCUUUCAUCUUCACCAUUCUGAGUGGAAAUGAAGAGAACACUUUUGAGAUUAACCACCAGGGAGUGCUUACCACAUCUGUUGCACUGAAACGCAAAGUGAAGGAUCAUUAUUUUCUCCAUAUUAAGGUGGCAGAUAAUGGAAAACCUCAGUUGUCAUCUUUGACUUACAUUGACGUUAGAAUUAUUGAGGAGAGCAUCUAUCCCCCAGCAAUUCUGCCUCUAGAAAUCUUUAUUACAGCCUUUGGAGAAGAAUAUUCAGGUGGUGUCAUUGGGAAAAUCCAUGCAACUGAUCAAGAUGUUUAUGACACUUUAACAUACAGUUUGGAUCCCAAGAUGGAAUCCUUAUUCUCUGUCUCUAGCACAGGUGGUAAACUGAUAGCACACAAAAGGCUAGACAUAGGACAGUACCUCCUGAAUGUCACUGUUACAGAUGGAAAAUUUACUACUGCAGCUGACAUUACAGUGCACAUCAGACAAAUCACGCAAGAAUUGCUAAACCACAGCAUUGCUAUACGCUUUGCAAACCUCGCUCCUGAAGAAUUCAUUGGUGACUACUGGCGCAAUUUCCAGAGAGCUUUAAGAAAUAUUUUGGGUGUGAGAAGAAGUGACAUACAGAUUGUUAGUUUGCAACCCUCUGAUCCUCCUUCAAACCUCGAUGUACUACUGCUUGUUGAGAAAUCUGGUAGUUCUCAACAUCCAACCAGAAUUCUACUCCAGAAGAUAAACUCCUCUGUAGCUGACCUUGAAGAGAUCUUAGGUGUCCGGAUACUUGACGUUUUCCACAAGCUUUGUGCAGGCCUGGAUUGUCCUUGGAAAUUUUGUGAAGAAAAAGUGACCAUAGAUGAGAAUUCCAUGUCAACCCACAGCACAGCCAGGCUGAGUUUUGUCACUCCACGUCAUCACAGAACAGCAGUUUGUCUUUGCAAAGAAGGGAAGUGCCCCCUUGUGAAUAAUGUGUGUGAAGGAAACCCAUGCCCCGAAGGUACUGAAUGUAUAGCAGAUCUUAAGGAAGGAAAGUACACCUGUGUUUGCCAUAGUGACAAGCCUGGCCAGUGUCCUGCAUCAGUUGGUUCGUCGGUGACAUUUACUGGGAGCAGCUAUGUGAAAUAUCGUCUCUUGGAAAAUGAAAACAAAGAGGAAAUGAAGCUCACAAUGAGGCUUAGAACAUAUUCAACCCAUGCAGUUGUCAUGUAUGCCCGAGGAACAGACUAUAGUAUCUUAGAGAUUCACCAUGGGAGGCUACAGUAUAAAUUUGACUGUGGCAGUGGUCCUGGCAUUGUCUCAGUACAGAGUAUUCAGAUUAAUGAUGGUCAUUGGCAUUCAGUGUCUCUUGAAGUGGAUGGAAACUACGCCCGGCUGGUUCUGGACAGGGUGCACACUGCAUCUGGUACUGCUCCUGGCACGCUUAGAACACUAAACCUAGAUAACUAUGUAUUUUUUGGUGGACAUGUUCGGCAACAAGGUACAAGGCAUGGGAGGAGUCCACAGGUCAGCAAUGGUUUCAGAGGAUGUAUGGAUUCCAUUGUACUUAAUGGGCAAGAGCUACCACUAAACAGCAAACCGCGGAAUUAUGCACAUAUGGAAGAAUCUGUAGAUGUAUCUCCUGGGUGUUUACUCACUGCUACUGAAGGCUGUUCAAGCAGUCCUUGCCAGAAUGGAGGCAUAUGCAAUCCACUGACCAAUGGAGGUUAUUAUUGCAAGUGUGCUGCUUUGUUUAUGGGAACCCAUUGUGAAGUGAGUGUCAAUCCAUGUGCCUCCAAUCCUUGCCUUUAUGGUGGCACUUGUAUUUCGGUCAGUGAUGAUUUUGUCUGCCAGUGCAGAGGACAGUACACUGGUCAGAGGUGUCAGUUGGGUCCAUAUUGUAAAGACAACCCUUGCAAAAACAGUGGCAAGUGUAUUGAUAGUUUGGAUGGGCCCGUUUGUGAAUGUGAGGCUGGUUUUCGUGGAGAAAGGUGCCUGACUGAUGUUGAUGAAUGCACAGAAAACCCAUGUCUCAAUGGUGCCCUUUGUGAGAACACAUAUGGCUCAUAUCACUGCAAUUGUAGCCAUGGAUUUGGAGGAAAAUAUUGUGCAGAGAUUGUUCUCAAUAAAUACGUUUCAACAUCUUGGAACAUUAGCUUAGCAGAAGUAAUCGGAAUUAUUGUUUUCAUAGCGGGAAUCUUCUUAUUAGUUGGGAUUUUUGUUUUCUGCCGCAAACUGAUCAGUAGAAAGAAGAAACACCAGACAGAGUCUGAAGAUAAACACCUGGGAACAACAACAACUUUCUUGCAAAGACCAUAUUUUGAUUCAAAACUGAAUAAGAACAUUUACUCAGAUAUCCCACCCCAGGUGCCUGUUCGUCCCAUUUCUUAUACUCCAAGCAUUCCAAGUGACUCCAGGAACAAUCUUGACAGGAAUUCUUUUGAGGGGUCGACCAUCCCAGAGCAUCCGGAGUUUAGUACCUUUAACCCAGAUUCUGUACAUGGCCACCGAAAGGCAGUGGCUGUCUGCAGCGUGGCACCUAACUUGCCUCCGCCACCUCCAUCUAACUCUCCUUCAGACAGUGACUCAAUUCAGAAACCUAGCUGGGAUUUUGACUAUGACACUAAAGUAGUAGAUCUUGAUCCUUGCCUUUCAAAGAAGCCUCUGGAGGAAAAGGCCUCUCAUCCUUACAGCACUAGAGGAAGUAUGUCUGAGGUCCAGUCCCUUAGCUCCUUCCAAUCAGAGUCAUGCGAUGACAAUGCUUCCAUAGUGACUGUAAUACACCUUGUCAAUGCUGUUGUUGACUCGGUGGAAAAAGAAGAGUCUUUUGCUGUUCCUGACCUCAGCAAUUCAAGAGGUUAUCAUUGGGAUACAUCAGAUUGGAUGCCAAGUGUUGAACUGCCCGGUAUCCAGGAGUACCCGAAUUAUGAGGUGGUUGAAGAGCCAGCUCCCCUUUACACAGAUCCAAAUGCCAUUGAUACAGAUUACUAUCCUGGAGGCUAUGACAUAGAAAGUGAUUUCCCACCUCCACCUGAUGACUUUCCUGCACCCGAUGAGCUCCCGCCGUUACCACCAGAAUACAGUGACCAGUUUGAAUCCAUACAGCCACCCAGAGACAUGCCGGCGGUGGGCAGCUUGGGUUCUUCUACAAGAAGCAGGCAGAGGUUCAACCUUAAUCAGUACCUUCCCCAUCACUACCCAGCAGAUAUGUCAGAACCUCAGAACACAACCAGUGGAGUCAACAGUAAUUAUAGAGAACCUUAUGCUCCUUACACUUUAGGGUACAAUAGAGACUUCGAAGCACCCACUGUAGACAACAUGUCCCUGUCUGUGUACACUUCCACGGCUUCGUGCUCCGAUGUGUCAGCAUGCUGUGAAAUGGGGUCUGAGGUAAUGAUGAGUGACUAUGAGAGUGGAGAUGACGGCCACUUUGAAGAUGUGACAAUUCCUCCACUUGAUUCUCAACAACAUACAGAAGUCUGA